UGAUUUUAUUUCAGGCGAGCGUCAAACCUGUACAGGUGUGGUUUAGUUCAACAAAUAUCUAUAUUGAAAAUUGACAAAGUUCACUACGAGCGUUGGACUGAUGAAUGCGAACUAAAAUGAAAUUCAAUCAGCUUUCAGCAGUAGCUAUGAUAAUGAUAUCAUCUUUAAUAGAUUAUUGUUUAGCAUUAGAUGAAUGUAGAGAUACAAUCAACACUAACUGUCAAUCAUGUGGUAAUACUGUAUAUCCUAUAGAUGAGUUUUAUAGAGAGAACUGUAUGAAGUCAUGUGGUGUUUGUACAGGUACAAACAUUGCUCUUGGCAAACCAACAAGGCAGAGUUCCAGAUAUUAUAAUUCAAAGUCAAGUAAUGCUGUAGAUGGUAAUACUGAUAAUAAAUGGGAGAAUGGUCACUGUUCACAUACAAACAAUACUGGUAAUGAAUGGUGGUGUGUAGAUCUACAACAGAUUUAUGAUAUCGACAACAUAAAACUAUUUAACAGAGUAGGAUGUAAGUAUUUCUUCUUCUUCUUCUUCAUUUUCUUUUGAAAAAUGUAUAUCUAAACCUGGUUUUAGUCCUCAUUGGCCUCUUGUAUAUUUUACAUGGUUAUUUCUGCUCGAUGUUGUGGGCAUAAUGUGGUUGGGGAGACUGGGUGGAUAUCACAUAAAUUUGAUAUACAGGUUAAAAACUUCGCAUAUACCAGAAAGAAAUUGUGGUUUUAAACAAAGUAGAAAUAUUAUAGUUUGUACGGAAACUUUUAAAAUUAUAUGUAUAUUUACGGUAACAAGUAUAGUAAAAAUACAGCGCCGGAUUUGUCAAAUCACAUGGUUUGUUAAUUUACAUUUAAAACAUGUAAAUGCAUACCAAUACAAGGCUUAAAGUAAGAUUACAUCAAACAUAAUGUAGAAAUACAACCAUAUGGCAGUUUACAUUAUGUGAGCAGUAUAUUAAUAGAAAUGGCAUUUGAAAUAUUAUUUUUACAGAAAAUUGUAAAUUUAAUGUCAUCUUACUUUAAUGUUUAGAGACAUCGAUUAUUCAAAAUUUGAAUGCACCGAACUGGCAGACAUAUGCCAUACAUUGACAGACAUAUGCCAUACAUUGGGUUGUGUGCGACAUUUUGCUUGGACGGUGUCGUGCCACCUACUGUUUCCAUUGUAAGGAGCAGACCAGUAGCACAUUAUACCCCAUUUCGUUUAGUUUCUUUGCAUUAUCGAAUGUGUUUUACAUGCUCGGCCGAAAGGUCCACAAAACUUUCUGUGUUCGCCAGAAUCGAACCUAUAGGACUAAUUAGCCAAGCGGAGACAAACACACCCCUUUUAGUAAUGUUACUUUGGCAAAUUUAAUUCUACAAUAGUUAUGAGGUAUUAUCACAUAACUCUGGCAAAAUACACAUGUUUUAUUUUUUAAAUGUUAUUGUAGCAAUUUAUGUAAAUUAACAUCAUGAUAAUUUUACAUGUACUCCAUUUACAGAUAUGUAAUUUUACCUUGGGUGUAUAAUAGCUAGAGGUAAAGUUACUUUACAGACUGUGAAAUAACAUGCAAUGUUAAAACACAGUUAAAAAAGGGUAAAAAUACAUAAUAAUUUUAACAGUGGAUGUCUUUGUUUCAACUAAAUCCCCACCAGUGCUAAAUGAAACAGAAAUCGAGUUAUAUAGAAUGUAAGAUUUAAAGAUAGUUGUCGGUUAUUCAUGUUCAAGUAUGAUAUGACAAAGACAAAGAUGUGCUCGUAUACCUAGCGGGCAGACUGUCCACGAGAACCGUAGGAUGCUCUCUUAAUAUGGUCUGAUUGCUCAAGAGAAUUAAACGUCCAUUAGACUAUGUGAUUAAACGACCGAAAAGAGAGUUUUCAGAUGAAUUUACCCUGGCUUCAAUAUUUACGGUAAAUGGACAGAGACUAGAGAUAAAAACACGCUUAAAAUAGAUUUUGCCACGUGAUAAACAAAGUUGUUACAAAUAAAAUGUGAUAGAUAUAUUAGUUUAAAUAUGUAUCAGACCACAUAUAUCAUCUAAUCACGAAGUUUGUACGCGGGAAGGUAUCUUUAAAACCCCAAAAAUGUAAAGAUAUUUAGUAUAUCUAAUUAUAAAUGUACACUAACCUGUUGCAAAUUGUCUGGUGAUUCUGCUGGGGGAUCCUUGACACCAUUUCUACACUUCAAUCAAGGUCGCGGAUACGGAUAUGCAUAGUCUCGUCAUGUCUAGAACACCCGGUAUCACGAUUGGUCCAAGGUUAUACAUUUCAAAUAGUUUGAGAUACUCGCCUAGCCAACAGUUUGUUGUCUGACAUCCUCCGUAAAUAUAACCAGUUUGUAGUAAGCAAAUCCAAAGUGAUUAACUGAUCGUAUAAUGUUAUAUUUUCUAGAUGAAAAUAGAUUACAGGGAUUUGAGAUAAAGACAAGUUCUAGUGGUACAUGUAAUCAAACAGGAUUUAGAUCAGCUACAUCAUGUUAUAUAGAUACAACAACAACAACACAAGAUAUAUAUACAAUAGAUAUAUGUAAUCAAACUACAUCAACUAGUGUAUCUGCUAGAACACUAUAUGUCAAUGUUUCAAGUCAACCACUUACUUUAUGUGAAGUUCAGAUAUUUUCUGCUAAACCCACCAAUGUUGCUCUUGGUCAACAAUCGGUACAACAGAAUUCUACAAACAAUGGUGGUAUCGCUUCUAGAGCUGUGGAUGGUAAUACUGAUAGUGACUAUGACAAUGGUAAAUCAUGUACUCAUACAACAGAAGGACAGUCUGGUUGGUGGUGUGUUGAUUUACAACAGUUGUAUUAUUUCAACCAAAUUAAAAUAUACAACAGAAAGAACACGACAUGGUGGGGGCGAUUAAAAGAAUUUCAGAUAAAGAUAAGUUCUAGUGGUCAGUGUAAUCAAACAGGAUUUACAUCAGCUACAUCAUGUUAUAAAGAUACAACACCAACAAUACAGUCUGUUUAUAAUGUAACUGGAUGUAAUCAAGGUUCAUCUACAUCAUUUACUGGUAGAACUGUCUAUGUGUCAAGCCUUAAGGAAUCCUUAACAUUGUGUGAAGUUGAAAUAUUUGCAGUUCCAACAGUACAAUGUAAUACUGGUUACUACAGUACAUCAAGUUCUACAUGUAAACCAUGCAAUACAUGUUUUAAUAAUACAUGUGAUCCUAUAACUGGUGCUUGCACUGGAGAUUGUAAAACAGGUUUUUAUGGUGGAAGUUGUCAACAGAACUGUAGUGAUGGUUGUUUAAACAAUCAAUGUUCUAAAUCUGAUGGUAGAUGUAGUAAAUGUAUUAUGGGAAGAUAUGAUGAAGGAUGUAAUGUAAGCUGUAGUACAGAAUGUAAUGGUGGAUGUGAUAGAGAUGAUGGUAAAUGUACAUCUUAUAUUAAAGGUAAACAAACUGGCAGUUACACAACAAUAAUAGCUGUUGUAGUGUCAAUUGUGGUUUUGGUUAUCAUCGCUACUGUUGUUAUCGUUUUAGUUCUGAAGCGUAGAAGGCGACAAAAAUCGACGGAAUCUGACCAAGUAGAAGUGAACGAUAUACCGCUACAUGCAAGUACUGGUGUAUCAAGGCGUUUAGAAAAAAACCUUAAAGUGAAAGAGAAAACUAAUAAGAGUGGUAAUACAUAUAUUAAUCAGUUAAGAUCUUCCAACAAACUAGAAGUUGAUGAACAAUCAACACAAGUUUAUGAAAACGUUGAUGAACCAUCUGAAUUAUCUACACGUGUUACAUUGACCGAUCUGCUGCAAUAUAUCAAGACCAGAAGAGAAGCACUUGAAUCGGAAUUUCAGAGUCUUCCAAGUGGACUAUGUUCAGCAUAUGAUUAUUGUAUGAAUUCUGUUAAUAAACCUAAAAAUAGAUAUAAAAACAUAUGUGCUUUUAAUCAUUCAAGAGUUAAACUGGAUAUAGAAAACGAUGACCCUAAUUCUGAUUACAUCAACGCAUGUUACAUAACUGGAUAUGCCAACACCGAAAACAAAUAUAUUGCUUCACAAGGUCCAGUUGAUGUUAUUAUUAAAGAGUUUUUGCGAUUAUUGUGGGUUUCACAGACCGGAAAGAUUGUUAUGUUGACCAACUUGGUGGAAAUGGGAAAAAAAAAAUGUUUUAAGUAUUGGCCGGACAGUGGUGAGGAAAUGAAGUUUGGUCAAAUUUCCAUGACAUUGGUCAAUGAAGAUAACUUUUCUCACUUCACAAUUAGAACACUGAAAAUCACAAAAGAUGAAUGUGGAUCUAGGACCAUUAAACAGUACCAUUAUACAUCAUGGCCUGAUAAAGGUGUUCCUACUGAUGUUGCAUCAUUGGUUGAAUUUAGAAGUAAAGUCAUUAAAGCCGUAUCACCCCAUCCUGGACCAAUGGUGGUACACUGCAGUGCUGGUAUUGGACGAACGGGAACUUUUUUAGGUUUAGAUUAUCUGAUAGAAGAAGCUAGAGCAGAAGGUUCUGUAGAUAUCUAUGAAUGUGUUAAACAGAUGAGAUAUGAACGAGUUAACAUGGUCCAGAAUUGGGAACAAUAUGCAUUUCUACAUGAUGCUUUAGCUACAUGGUAUAUCGCGGGAGAUAUAACGUUUCCUGUGACGUCAUAUCAACAAGACUAUCAGACGUUACUAAAGGUCAAUAGUUCGUCUGAUAAAUCACAGCUUCAAGAACGAUUUGAGAUGCUUAGUGAUGUGUGUCCACCACAAGAAGAAACUGAUUGUUCGGUAGCUUUAUCAGAAGAAAACCAAAAUAAGAACAGAGAUCUGUCAAUACUAGCAUCGGAUAAAACUCGAAUAUUUUUAUUAAAUCCAAAUACGACAGAUUAUAUCAAUGCUGUGUUUAUAUCGAGCUACAAAAAGAAAGAUGCUUACAUAUUGACCCAGACACCCUUACCAAAUACAGUGAUAGAUUUCUGGACGAUGGUUGUAGAUCAAGACGUUACUACAAUAGUUAAUAUGGAUAUUACAGAAACAGGAAAGGAUAUUGGACAAUAUAUACCAGCAACUGAUGAACUGAGAUGUGGACCAUAUAAUAUUAUCAAACAACAUGAAACAGAACAUGAGAAUGGUAUUUAUUCAGUCGUUACCUGUUUAAUUAACAGUGAAGUAGAUGAUAACCUACAACGAACAAUCAAAAUAUAUCAGUGUAAUUUCUGGAAUCCAAAGAAAGGGGUACCAACUUCUGCUGGGCCCAUAUUUACUCUCUUAGAAGAUAUAAAAGCAUGGUCCCAAGAAAAUGAAGAUGGACGUAUGAUAGUUCAUUGUCUGAAUGGUGUAGAGAAAUCGGGUGUAUUCUGUGUUCUAGCAGCUAUAUUAGAAAGAUUAACUAUAGAACAAGAUGUCAGUAUUUUACAGAAUUUAGUUCAAAUAAGAGUUUCUAGACCUCAGAUUAUAACAUCUUUUGAGCAGUUAAAAUUUUGUUUUGAUGCGGUUGGUGAAUAUUUAGAUGAGUUUGCUGUUUAUGCCAAUUCUUGUUAAAACUGUCCUCAAUUCUCUUUUGUUUAUAUCAGUUAUUUUUAACAAAUUGUUUUGUUGUACUAUCUGGUGACGGGGAUCACGUACGUGGCUAAGUGGAUAAGACGCUGGCUCGCUAGCCUGGAAGUCGGGUGGUCGAUCCCUGCAUUGACCGAGAAAGUUCAUCCAGAUUUUCCGGUUUUCCCUUGUCAGUGAGAUUGAACGGAGGGCCUGACAAGGACAGCUGUCAUAGUCGUUCGAAUGGGACAAAAAACCGAGGUCCCGUGUACACAUUGGCGUGCACGUAAAAGAUCCCUUGGCAGUUGGAAUUCGAUAUAAGAGUAGGCCGUAGCGCCGCUGCCCGGGCAAAAUUUCCCUCAUAGCACACUGUAUGACGCAUGCCCGUGUUCAUUAGCCCAGGUUAUUAGCAGAACAGUAGGACGUUAAACCCCAUUUCAUUUCAUUUACUAUAUGGUGACCGUUUUGUUAUUCAUCGAAUGUUAUUGUUGUCACGAGAGUUGUUUUUGCUGGACCGGUCACUUCUUUUUUGGUCCGUAAAAUUUAUAUCAGAGUGGUAUUUCACCAAAGGAUUGCGUACAGCCGUUUGCCCAUGUUUUAUUAUCUAGUAAUAGUAUUUCUAUAUGUUAUGUUAGUUUUAAUUUAUAUCUCACUGUAUUAACUAUUUACUAAUUGCAUUCCUAUUUUAUGUUAGAUUUAACUUAUAUACUAUUUUGAAAUUUAUACCAUGUCUAUAUCGUUAUUAAUUGAUUUCCUAUAUUUGUUUUAAUAAUAUUACUAUAGGUUAUACUACAUUUAAUUUAUAUACUAUUUUAAAAUUUAUAACAGAUCUAUAUUUUUAAUAAUUGUUUUCCUAUACGUUAUACUAGAUCUAAUUUAAAUUAUAUUUCCUAAUUUAUACCAUAACUGUAUUUUUAUCAAUUGUUUCCCUAUAUUUGUAUUAAUAGCAUUCCUAUAUUAAUUGUUUUCCUUAUGUUUUUAAUAAUAGUAUUCCUAUAAUGUUAUAUGUUAUAUUUUUAUGUUAAUUGUUUUCCUUAUGUUUUUAAUAAUAGUAUUCCUAUAAUGUUAUAUGUUAUAUUUUUUUGUUAAUUGUUUUCCUUAUGUUUUUAAUAAUAGUAUUCCUAUAAUGUUAUAUGUUAUAUUUUUAUGUUAAUUGUUUUCCUUAUGUUUUUAAUAAUAGUAUUCCUAUAAUGUUAUAUGAUAUAUUUCUAUAUUAAUUGUUUUCCUUAUGUUUUUAAUAAUAGUAUUCCUAUAAUUUGAUAUGUUAUAUUUCUAUAUUAAUUGUUUUCCUUAUUUUUUUUAUUAAACAUACAUUAUACAAGAGCUAAAUCUGUCUAUUCCAGGUCUUUCUUUAGGCCUGAAAUGUUAUCUAAAUUAUUAAUUAGAAUUAAUUAACCUAUCAAGACCAUGGCAUCGCUAGCUUGCGAUCUUUAGUGGAUUAUGAGCCGAUUUACUGCAUACAUUUCCUUCGCGAUUUAACGAUUAAAUGGAUAAUCGAUACUAUACUGUUUUUCUUAUUGACUUUAGUAAUGAUGAUCGAGGCUAGGCUGAAAUUUCAAUCACUUGGUUCUCGGUUCAUUUCAGCAAAUUGCCUUUACAUUAUUUAGUUUGUAACUAGUAUAGUGAGAACUGCCAACGCGUUAUUGAAUCUCCUAUAAUGUAUUUUUAAUAGUAUUCCUAUAUAUUAUAUUAGAUUUAAUUUAUAUUCUACUUUUUUGAUAAUAGUGUUCCUAUAUGUUAUACUAGAUUUAAUGUAUAUUCUGUUUGCUAAUCUUAUAUCAUAUUUAUAUCAAAUAAAAUAUAAAUUAAAUCUUGUAUAUUUGAUUACAUGCUAUUAUACCAUAUACAUGUAUGCAUUAAUAACAUAAAUUUUCGUUGGGUUAAACUUUCCUCAACUCCCCCGUCCCUUCCUAACCUUUAGAUAUCUCCACAGAAGGAUUUUGUUUGUCUUUCUUAAAAUCUUUUCUCUAAUGUUAUCAAAUUUGGUUAUGUUAUGAUAUUUAUCUGCACAACCUGCAGUUCGAGUGAUAGAAAGCAUAAUACUAUCUGUACUACGAGCAGCAGUUAAAACGGAUCAAUCGUCAUGGCUGUUCCUGUCACGCAAACGCCUUAAAGGCCCAUAAGAAUACUGUAUAAUUUCAAAUUUAAAUAUAUAACAGUCACAGGUAUCUUUAUUACCUGGUGAGAAUUAGCAACCACGUUACCACUCUGCAGGCUUGAAUUCCAGAUGUGUAGGUAUUCUACAUUCAUCACUUUUCGAUUGUCAAAUGCUGUCAAAUGCUAUUAAAUUUUGAUAUUUCGAAAAUCAAAUUGAUAUUCAAAUUUAUGAGUCGAUAGAAAUGUUGCACAACAUAGGGUUCAAGGUAUAGCGGUUCAUUAGAUGUCGACCGUCUUGUUACAGAGUUACCGUUUCACUUGUAGAGCUUAUCAACGCGAUACAGCGAAGUUCUCGAUGGGGUUUGUUCUUGUUUUUUUUUACGAUUGCGUCACUUGGAGUAUAGAAAUUUAGAAUUCGGAGGUGGGCUUGAUCGCUACAGAAAAAUGAACUACCAAUAAAAAUUCCAAAUUCUCGGAUAGAAAAUUC